GCUGCUAGCAGAAUACUAGUGGGGGAGUGCGAAACGAGGGUAGUGAGGUAGGCGAGAGGAUGGUAAAUUAAAAACGCGUUCAUCGAUGAAUUAAGGGUGUUAACCAAAGUGUGUGUGUGUGAGAUGGAGCAGCAAAACCAUUCCAAGCAACUGUUGCUGCAGCUCAACCAGCAGCGAGCCAAAGGAUACCUGUGUGAUGUAAUCAUCGUGGUGGAGAACGCGCUAUUCCGCGCCCACAAGAACGUCCUGGCAGCCAGCAGCGUCUACUUCAAGUCGCUGGUCCCCCACGACAACCUGAUCAACCUGGACACGGAGAUGGUCAGCCCCUCCGUCUUCAGACAGGUGUUGGACUUCAUCUAUACAGGUAGUUUGUCCAGUUCUGACUCCGUCAGUGACCACAGUGUCUCGUCCCUCCUGACCGCUGCCUGCUACCUCCAGCUGACCGAACUAGCUGCUCUCUGUCGCAGGAAGCUCAAACACAACGGCCAGACCCCCUCCAGCUCCAACAAGUUGACCCCCUCCUCCUCCUCCACCUCCCCAACCCCCAAUGGACACAUCCCUGGCCCCCUCCGCCUCUCCUCCACCCCCCUCAGAGCAACCCCCAACCACAACCACCAGCACCAUAACAACCACUCAGGGUCCAGGAAGGGCAACCAGAGGAACCAGAGAUGGGGCCAGGAGGGGAGGCUGAGAGAGGAUCUCUCAGAGGAGGAGGUGUUUAUUUCGGGCUCGCGGUGUGCCUCCCUCAGCCCCUCUGGAGGAAGUAGGGUUAAUGGGCUGGCUCUAGGACUGGACCUGUCCAAGAGGAGUCCAUCAGGGAGCACCGCCACAGAGGAAGUGUCCCCCAGCAGUCUCCCCCACAGCCCCUCCCCCCACUCCUCAUCUGUCUCUCCCACUCCCUCUCCUCCCACCACGGCUAGCGCCAAGCCAGAGCCUAAGGAGAACCAGAGGCAGCCUCCAAAUACCUCCACAGACCUCUUGCCUAGGGCACCUUGCAAGAGACCCCGACCCCACAGAGAGGCCACCAACCUGGGGGAGACGGGCAAGGCGCUGCCCAACGGCCUAGUGAAGAGACCAGGGGCGCCAGGGGGAGAGAAGCUGGUCAGAGGGGAUAGAGUGACCCCAGUGCUGGAGGAUGGAGAGGUGGGUGGAGAGGAGAACAGCCAGGACCAGAGUGAAGAGAGUGGGCACAGUGGGAGUGAGGGAGGAGGAGGAGGGAGGAGAAACGGGAACACCAACUACAUCUACCGUCAGCCCCAGCCAGGGUUUGAGCCAGGUGUGGGGGACAAUCUGUACGUCUGCAUCCCCUGUGGAAAAGGCUUCCCCAGCUCCGAGCAGCUUAACGCCCAUGUCGACACACACACCCAGGAUGAAAUCUACCUCGAAGACGAGGAGGAAGAAGAGGAGGGUGGUGGAUACCUGAAGGACGAAGACCCAGAUGCAGACCCAGACAUCUAUGCAUCACGGGGGGUGGAGCCUGGUGCUGACGAAACUCUGCAUCGCUGCACAGUCUGCAGUAAGAGCUGCAAGGAUGCCGUGUCACUACGGGAACACGAGAAGAGCCAUUGGCUGAACCGGCCAUUCCCCUGUAACAUCUGUGGCAAGCUGUUCACCCAACGUGGCACCAUGACCCGCCACAUGAGGAGCCAUCUGGGCCUCAAGCCCUUUGCCUGCGAGGAGUGUGGCAUGCGCUUCACACGCCAGUACCGCCUUGCCGAACACAUGCGGGUCCACUCAGGGGAGAAGCCCUACGAGUGCCAGCUGUGUGGUGGAAAGUUCACCCAGCAACGCAACCUCCUCAGCCAUCUAAAGAUGCACACCUCACCCUCAUAGAGGACACUUCACCAUGGUUACUGCAGCUGAACCACAGCUAUCUGGGCUCUAUUAGGCUGUCUGCCUCAUCUUCAGAUAACUAUCUGGAGCUACUGUUACCCAUAGGACCUCCUCACCCUUGUAAACACACCUGGGUUCUACCUCAACUUUUUAGAAACUCACCUUGAAAUGAAUUACCCCACCUUUUAUAACCACUCCUCCUGAGUAACUCUACUCCUUUACUUUAUCUCAUCCUCUUAACAACCAUCACCCAUAUCUCAACCUCUUAACAACCAUCACCCAUAGCCUCACCCUUAUCAGGGCAACUGGGGCAACCAUAAUUCCUUACCUCCUCUUGACAACUGUUCCUCUGACUUGCCUCAACACCAUCUUACUAAUACCAACCGUUACUUCACCCUCAGAACCCCAUCAUAAAAUCCACAUGGAGCCAGCCAGCCAGCUGUACUGGCAAUCUCAGGGUCAACACACCACACCUCGCCAUCUGCCAAAGACUCCUUCUUUUCCAUCCCAGGUGGCUCAAACGUGUUUUGAUGAUAGCUUUUAGCAUCCAACCAAACUAGUCCUCCCAGGGUGUCAGUUCUGUGCCUCCAGGCUGUUGUAGCUGUCUCUCGCUGGUCAAUGAGGGACCUCAGUGCCUCUACUACCUCAUUAUAAGACACGUACUGGACCCCAGGCAUGGCUGGCUAACACUCAGUAGUAAUAUUAUGUUCUCCAGCUAGAUGGAACAGGUUAGUCAGCCUAGCCUCUGUGUAUAUAAUAAUACAUUAUCACAUACACAGCCUGUUUGAAACGUGGCAUUAUUAGAAAAUGAUCAGGGGUGGUCUUAACGCAAUGAUGUUUACUUUACUUGUGUUCAUGAUCAGAGUUUGUAGUUUAUCUGAAGUCUUGAAAAAGCCAAACUUGGGGGGUAAAAUGUUUUGAGAACUUAUUGCUACGCUUUUGUGAAUGUUUAAACUGGGUAUUUCUACUUUGGGUCUGGGAGGGGUGGAGUUAUUUUCUUUGAGGCAUCAUACUCUGUUGGUACUGUUGUGUUUUGUCUGUAGCGUUUUUUUGAAAGGGCUGGUCUACUGAGACAGGCGGCCAGUAACCCUGUAUUAAGUUUAUUUUGGUUUUCAACAAGUUCCUCCUAUCUCUUAAAGAGAUUCUCUGGUACUUUUGUAUACUUUUUAGCCAGUAGUUCUAAAAGUCAAUCUCACGAGCCAAAAAUGCAGAUAUGUGUACCACGUCAUUGCUCUCGCUCUACAGUGUGCAUCUUGCUAGCUGUCACUCAAAUGGCGAGGGGCUGAAGCUCAUUGGCUAGAUCUCGAAUUGCUAGCGGGCUGGCCCACAUAGGGGAAAAUGGCACAGCACAGUUUCCAGAAAAACAGUCGCUUUCAAACUAGGGAUUUUGUGGCUAAUUGAGGUAAGACAGUAAUUCUGCUCGUAGAUUAUGC